AUGGCUGACAAACAAUCUCGGGAAGGCUCUGAUGCCUCGCUCACUUUCCCUGAAAAUGAUGCUGGGACAGCUUCACCCCGUUCCAGCACGGACUCGCGCUCCUCCAACCGCACGUCGCUCCGCAUCACCGGCUUACCCACGCAUCAACAUCGCCAGAGCUUGAGCGAAAGCUUGCGGGGCCCUUUGGCUUCUCCACGCGCCCGCCGGCAGCCAUCCCUCACCCAGUCUGCCGUCCAAAGCCUUAUCGACAACCCCCCGCCGCCCAAAAAUGCUGACCCCGCCUUCAUGGGCCGUGAUUGGCGCCAUAUUGCAAUCAGUGAGCUCGUCAGCCCGGACGACCUCCAUUGGGUUGAGAUGGAUACGGGGAUUGAAGAAGCUACCAAUGUAAUGAUUGACUCUGGGAUCAGCGUGUUGCUUAUCCGCGAGACUCCCCAAGAUAAUGCUGCAAUUGCUACCUUUGACUAUUCCGAUCUAAACACGUAUCUCCUCCUGGCUGCCGGCUUGAUUCUCCCCGGAGAAGGACAGCGCGCAUCAUACGAUGAAUUAGCCCGCAAGGCUCGCGACGGGGAGAAGAUCUCAAUCCGAGACGUGAAGAACAUGGGAUUGGAGAAGGAGCCUUUGACUACACUACCAGCUACCGCGAAUGUGCUUGCAGCAGUCGAGACAUUUGGUGGUGGAGUCCACCGAGUAGUUGUGACGAAGGAGGACCGGCACGAGGUGGUUGGCAUCUUCAGCCAGUUCCGUCUGGUCAAAUUCCUGUGGGAAAAUGGGCGCAGCUUCCCCGUUCUCGAAGAGCUAUACCCGCAGUCACUACGUGAUUUAUCGAUUGGCUCGCAGAAUGUCAUCUCCAUUAACUUCUUACCCGAUCAUCUUCCCCUCCCGCUGCUUCAAAAUACCUGCACCCAUUUCAUCUCCGUCAUUCUAUCAACCAGAGGCUUGAUCGAGGGCAAGGAUUCUUUCCCUGUCUUCCAUGUGAAUCCGACUUCGACCCUUGCGCAUACGGUCGCGAAGAUUGUCGCGACGAAAUCACAUCGGCUUUGGGUCACGGAUCCCAUGUCUCCCUCGUCAUCAGGGCCUCCAACGCCUUCUCAGUCUUCCACUCACGUUCCUCUGGGGACGACGCCUCUGAAUGUAGCUGCAACCCCCACUCUCUCCCCGCCCGCAUCUCCGCAUCCUCUUUCUGCCCCUCAAACUCCUUUGGCUCUCCCGCAUCUUCCAACUCCUCCCCAGCCGGCUGUUCUCGCCCACUCGGCAGGCAGCGGUGUCGUGCCACCGAUGUCACCAUCGAUUCCUGCUUCAGCGCUCCCUGGCGCGCGCUUGUCGGGACGACUAGUAGGCGUGGUGAGCCUGACUGAUAUUUUGAACCUCCACGCACGCGCUAGUGGUCUGAGCCCUGCAGACCCGGCUGAAAGUCGCCGACGCCGACGAAGCAGCAGCUCGUCAAGCUUGAGCGUUCGUCGCAGUGGAGAGGUCGGCCGUGAGCUAUUCAGCCGAGGCUUGUAG